AUGGGGAGUGGGCAGAGUCGAGUUUUGUUGCAAACGGCGUUACGGGCAUUGAAGUGGAAGGUGGCGAUCUUCUUGACCGGUCCCAAGAUAUAUGGAAUUUGGCAAGAUUUAGUCGCCUCGGCGAAGCCAGCCGAGAAGUCAUAUGCACAACUCACAAAGUUGUUUGCGGACCAUUUCUCACCGAAACCAGUGCUUAUUGCUGCUCGCUUCAAAUUUCAGCAGAGGAAUCAGCAACCAUCCGAGUCUAUCUCUGAGUACGUUGCUCAGCUCCGUACACUGACGGAGCACUUUCGAUUUGAAUGGCCGCAGUUGGAGGACGCUCUGCGAGACAGGUUUGCUGCAGGUAUCCACAGUUUGUCCAUUCAGCGUAAGCUGUUAUCACAAGUUGAAUUGACACUAGAGGACGCGAUAACAAUUGCUCAAGGCAUGGAGGCUGCAGAGAAACAGUCAGAGACGUUAUGUCAAGCUGCCGUAUUGACCUCAAGCACCACUGCUGCAUCGGUACAUGUACAAGUUGUUGCCAUGAAGAGAAAGUUUACAAAGCCCCAGAAUCCAUGUUACAGAUGUGGAAGGGCAGGACACGCGCCAGACAGAUGCUAUCAUCGUGAGAAGGCGCAAAUUCCCAGGGAGAUGGGGUUUUGUACAGCAUCACCUAAGGCUCCAGCUGCAAAAGGGAAGGCCAAAGUGCAUCAUGUGGAAGUGUCUGACCCAGAAGAGUAUGAUAUUUAUACCCUCAAGCUGUUGGGAGGGGCCAGAUGGGUGGUAACUCUGUUGAUAGAUGGAACCCAGAUGGAGAUGGAAAUCGAUACCGGCUUAGCAGUUUCCAUUUACAUCCAAGAAAGUUUGACUGUUACUAUUGGAAGGCAAGCCAUUGAAAGCUACGUCAGCGGUCUUGACGACUGUCACUGCCAGGAAUUGGCCUUGCGUGAUUAUGAAGCCAAAUUAGAUGUGGAUCCAGACGCUAAGCCAAAGUUUUUCAAGCCUAGAGCUGUGCCCUACUUGUUGAGACCUACAAUUGGUCAGGAGCUGGACAAAUUGGUCACUAUAAACCUACUCCUCAAAGUUGAGCAGUUUCCCUUGCCCAAGCCUGAAGAUCUGUUCAGUUCGCUAGCAAGAGGACAACAAUUUGCUACACUGGAUCUGGCUAAUGCAUACAUAGAGUCUGAUCAGGAUCAUUUGCAGAAUCUACAGGCAGUUUUACAGAGACUGCACCAGUCUGGUCUUCGGUUAAAGAAAUCCAAGUGCAGGUUUAUGGAGGACUCUGUGCAAUAUUUUAGGCUACCAGAUCUCAGCAGCUGGUAUUGGAACUGCCAGGGAAAAGGUGGAAACUGUGCUAAAGGCUCACACACUUACCAAUACAGGAGAAUUACAAUUGUUUUUGGGUUUAGUGAACUACUACCGAAGAUUCAUUCCCAAUCUUGCAUCGAUUUGCAACCCUCUAAACUGUCUGGUGCAGAAGUCAGCAGUUUGGAACUGGUCAUCGAUUUGUUGGAGAGGCCUGUUGUUUAUGUAUCAUGA